AUGAGGAACUCAUUGCUUCCAUGUUUGAGAAAGGAGGGAGAAGAUGCUGAUAGAUCAUUCUUGGAUAAUGGAAGCAAAUUAUUAGAGGAUCUUAUUGAUCUUAUUUUCUUGCCGUUUGGAUAUGAUCUUAUUGCUUCUUGUGAUGGGAAAUCUAAUACUAUUCGCCAUUACUCUGCUCAAGAACUCAUCAGGGCAACCAAUAACUUUGAUCCUUCUGGCAUUAUACCGGAGUGUUCAUUCUAUUAUAAAGGUUUUCUAGACAACCGAUUAAUCAUCAUUAAGAAGAGAGGGGGGAGGGAUGGGCCCUAUAGGAAUUUCAAGAGGGUGAGGGAGGAGGCUAUUCGUGAUAUUAUAAUUUCAAUGCAGAUGAGCACUCACAAGAAUGUUUUGAAAUUGUUGGGCUGCUGUUUAGAGUUCCCUAUACCAGCUCUGGUGCAUGAGUAUGCAACGCAAGGCUGUGUUCUUAACGACGAAGGAGGUUUCCAGUCUAAUGAAUCUCUACCAUGGAAAACUAGACUACGUAUUGCAAAGCAGCUGGCUAGUGCAGUUACAUAUCUACAUACAGCCUUUCCAAGACCUAUCAUUCACAGGCAUCUGAGGCCCCAUUGUAUUUUCUUGGAUGAUGACUUUGUUCCCAAAUUAUGUGACUUCUCAUACUCCAUAACCAUUCCUCCUGAGAAAUCCCAUGUUCAAGAAGUUGUGAUAAAAGGGACAAUGUGGUACCUUAGCCCUGAGUUUCUUGAUUCUGGUUACAUUUCAGAAAAAUUUGAUGUUUAUAGCUUUGGUGUGAUUUUACUUGGCUUCUUGGUGGGACGGAAACUUUUGGCAGGACAUGACGACCUUAUAAAAUCUGUGAAAUUGCAUGCUUGUGACGGCCAGAUUCAAACAAUUGUUGAUCCUAAAAUACUCGAGGAGUUAGGGGGAGGUAAUGAGCCAACACAACUUCAGUUGCAUGAUUUCCUAGCACUAGCAUGGUUAUGCACUCGAGAUGAAAGUGAACUGAGGCCAGAUAUGAUUGAUGUGGCCAAAGAACUCAUGCGAAUUGAGAAGUCUAUCUGGCCUCCUUGCUAGCUUUAUGUAUUUCAUUUGUUAUGAUCGAUCAAAAGAUAUUUGAUAUAUUUAGCAACAACCUUACUUUAUAGUUUAGAAGCUCUCACCUUCUUCUAUUUUGUAAUGCUUUGUAAAUGACAUAAGACAUUGUUGGUAUUAUGGAUUUAAUCCUAGUUAACU